AACACACAGUGAAGGUGAGACAAAGAAGAGGCAGGGCUACCUGGAAUGGCCUGAGUAUUUCAUGGCUGUUGCCUUCUUAUCAGCACAGAGGAGCAAGGACCCCAGUUCUCAGGUUGGUGCUUGUAUUGUGAAUCAAGAGAACAAGAUAGUGGGUAUUGGCUACAAUGGCAUGCCCAAUGGUUGUGACGAUGACCUACUGCCCUGGUCUCGCAGUGCUGAUAACAAGCUGGACACCAAAUACCCCUAUGGUAUAAAGGAUGUGAUCUAUUUGUCAGACAAAUACCAUAACACUCCAGAAAUGACUGCCUCCAGACGGCUCCUUAACUUGGCGGGCAUCACGUACAAGCAAUUCAAGCCAAAGCAAGGCAGGAUUGUCAUUGAUUUUAAUUCAAUCAACUACCCCGGAUUGAAAACGUCCAGUGGUUUGGGGGGCAUACAGUCAUCACAGACUGAGGAAUUUGGAGCAUGACACUAAAUAUUCAUAAAACGCACUCAUUGUUUUUCUUGCUUAUGUACUGGUGAAGGUCAUUUUGGGUUUGACAGUGAUUACUAAAUAGAUGUAGUUCACUGUUGUGCAUUUUUUGUUUUAAACCUUUGUUUCUUCAAAUCUUGAAACGUGUUAACUAUUGUCAGUGUUUUGAAUGUUUUUCUUGAAUUUGUUUGCUCUAAUGCAUAACAUUAACAUUUUUUUUAUCAAUUUACAUGCAAAAUAGCAGCCGGUGUGUGACCUUGGCUGAUGUGCCUUUUUUAAUUGAUUCUUUUAGAGUUUCAGUUUUUAUGAUGAGUGGGUUGACAAUGAGAACAUUAAAAUCAAGCUGGAUGCCAACAUUAACCAAAUCAAAUGUGGUAUUUAACAUUUCUUUUAACCGUUUUGUAUUUUCUGUAACAAGGCUGAUUAUAUUUUGAUGUUCAUUUCACAAAUACUAAAUUACCCUUCCCUUUUCAAACAUUAACCACUGAUGGCUGUUUUGCUCAUAUUCCUAAGCUUUUGUAAGUACUGCAUCAGAUAAACCUCAUGUUCUGUCAAACCCCAAUCCACAGUUUUGUGCAUGUUGUGUCUCUUCAGGUUAGAACCCACAACUUAAGGUUUUAUUAAAAAAAGAGGAGACUUGCGUUUGGAGGGAACAGUUUGUAAAUGUUACAUAUCAUUAUACCGGGAUGACACUCCCAAAAU